AUGCCAAUCUUGUACAGUGUUGUAGCAAGAGGCACAACAGUGUUAGCCAAGUUUGCCUCUUGUGCUGGAAACUUUGCAGAGGUUACAGAACAAAUUUUGAGUCGAAUUCCGCCAGAGAAUUCAAAACUUACUUACACCCAGGGAAAGUAAGUGUCAACAAGACAUUAGUAAUUUUAUCAAAGCAAUGUUGCAAGCUUCAUGAUAUAAAUCAAAUUAGAACCAAACACUUGACCUCUCCUAGAAAUUGCAAGCCAAUUUGCUAUUCUUUUUGUUUUAAUUAGCCUUUCAAGCCAGCCUUGACAUCAUGUUUAAAAAAAAAAAACAAUGGAAUUUUCAUGCAAAAGCGAGGCCAAAAGGGCUAAUUUGUCUGCACUUAAAAUAAUGAAAAUCUUUUUUUACAAUUACUAAUUAAAAGAGAUCCUUAACCUGACAUUGGGUUCACUCAUUAUUAUUUCUACAUUUAAUUGUUUUUUGUUAUGAAUUUGUGUGCAAGAAUUUGGUAAUUAUAUCAAGCAAUAUUCCCAAAUUGGUGUGUUUGUUUCUUCUGAAAACUUGAAUAAUUGACAAUAUGGAAAUGAUUUAAAAGAAUAUCACCAUAAUGAAACAACUGGGCAGGGACCUUCAACCGUUUUACUCCCAAGAUCUCAUUAGCAAUUCUCCUUACUCUCUGCCAUAAAAUACUCAUGAUAUCAAUUUGGAGGAUUUAGUGGUGGAUCAACUUUUAGUUCCCUAAUUGAGUUUUGUUCUUUAUUCUCAUCACUUGAACUCUUGGUAUUGUAUUGGUAAUGUAAGGAGAAAUUCUCUCUUGGUCACUCAUGGGAAUCAAAGGGUCAAUGAGGACCACUAGGCUUAAGAGCAUGUUUUGCCUAAAUUGAGUUUUGAUAGUAUUUGAUUUUUAAAUUUUGUUAUAUCAUCCUCUUAAAUCAUUGUGAAUUCAUUUGGUAUUUCAAUCUUACAGCUACCUGUUUCACUACAUAUCAGAGGACAGAGUGGUCUAUUUGUGCAUUACAGAUGAUGUAAGUUAACAAAAAUAAUUUGUGUAAAAUUUAACAAUCUUUGAAUUUCUACAUUGCUUCAACUUUAGCCCAAGUUAGCAUCUGAGAGGUCCACUAAAUGGUUUGUUUAUUCUGUCUUUGAAUUCAGGAUUUUGAAAGGUCCAAAGCAUUUCUUUACCUGACAGAGAUUAAGAAACGGUGAGCAAGUACUGCCUCUCAUGCUUCAUUUACCAUAGCUUCCAGUAUUACUGUAUUAUUGUUAUGGAUUAGUGAUUUCUCAAGUUUGUCAUCACUGUAGUUAUGGUGAACUUGUUUGUUUUGUUACAGUUUUCAAAGUGCAUAUCAUGGCCGUGCGCAAACAGCACUGCCUUAUGCUAUGAACAGUGAAUUUUCAAGAGUCCUUUCAGCUGAAAUGGUAGGUAUAUUGUUCAAUCCAUCUAUUUUCAGCCUUAAAGAUACACACAUUUUUUCCAUAAAGAUAUUUUUAUUCCAAUUGACCCUUCCCAUUGCCUCUCUGUGAAAUCACCCCUUAUUAAAUAUAUUUCUUAUCUGAGCAUCUUCUCUUACAGAAAAGGUUUUCUGAUACUGAACAUCAGGCUGAUAACCUGUCAAAAGUGCAAGGAGAACUUGAUGAACUUAGAGGAAUCAUGGUGAAAAAUAUUGGUAAGGGCUGCAUGAAAGAGAAGAAGAAAAAACAUUUUUUACUGUGUAGAUUUUGAUGAAAUACCAAAAUUUCUCCUGGUAAGUUUAUGGUGCACACAGUGAACAAACCAUUUGUGUCAGCCUACAGUUGUGAAGAAAACCUUGUCCUUAUGGUAACCAGGUUUCUCAACAUGGCAGUUUUACUUUUCACAAAGGAAGUUUUUCAAUUAACAAAUUUAACGAGGGUUGAUUCAAACUUUCUUUAAGAGAAAAAGAUUUUAGGUUAUGAGGACAUGUGGACAUGUUUUAUUUUUAUGUCAGAAAUUGAAGUUGCUUUACUUACAAAUGAUCUCUGCAUUCUUUUUUUUUCUAAAAUGUGUGUUAAGAUCAUCUUUGAUUUAAAUAAACAAGAGAAAAAUGUCCAAGGAUAUAGUGCUUAUCCAUGGGCAGUCAGUCAUCUUAAUACUGAUAAUAUUUUCUUGAUUUUGGAAACAGACACCAUCGCACAAAGAGGAGAACGUUUGGAACUCUUGAUUGAUAAGGCAGAAGACCUUAAUACCACAGUGAGUUCUCAAUAAUUAUUUAGUUAAUUGCGCUGUAACAUCGUUGCUUGAAUAAGUGUCCCAUUUACUGAUCUUCCUCUUUCCUAGUCCCUCACUUUCAAGAAAUCAAGCAAAGGCCUGGCCAGAGCCAUGUGGUGGAAGAAUGUCAAAAUUACUAUAAUACUUGUGGUUGUUAUUAUUGUAAGUAUAUGGAAGUUGAUUCAGUAUCAAUAUUCUCCAUACUUUUCUCAAUAUAUUUCCUUUGGUACUGGCAAGGAGAAAUUCUUAAACAAUGAAAGCUUCUUAGUUUGGUGAUCAUUUUCUUUAGUCUCAUGAUCUUAAUGAAUGAUUCAGCAGCAUUACUGAAAGGAGAAAUUGGAUGCUGGUCACUCUUAGUGCUCAACCCUUUAACUCCCAGAUCAAAUUUGUAGUAAUGUUAGUUCAGAGAAUUUAGUAUUGGAUCAACUAAUCUUCCCCAAAUUGAUAGUAUUCUUAUAUUCUCAUCACUUAUAUGGUUGAUAUUGUAUUGAUACUUUAAGGAGAAAUUCUGUCUUGGUCACUCAUGGGAGUUGAAGGGUUAAGCUGUCUCCACUUUUUACUCUCUGUUCCAAUCUCCCUCUACUUAAAAGACUCUCACAUUUUACUGUUUUUUUUUUUUUUUUUUUUUUUUUUUUUUUACCCCUUCCUCUCCCUACCCUAGUAUGUCAAAUAGAGUAGAUGGAGAGAGUUUUAAUUUAUAUUUUUGAAAUGAUAGAUUUUAAAAAUUUUUACCAUUUUUUCUUUUUUUUUUUUUUUGCACAGUUGGUUCUCUACUUUAUCAUAUCAGCAGCCUGUGGAGGACUUGACUGGGGUGACUGUGUUCACAAAAACAAGGACAAUCAAUAA